ACGUCAGUGUGCUCUGCCUCCGAGGAAAAGCUGCCAAAAUUUUCUCCUGCUGCAAUUCAAGUUGGCUGGGGGCCGGUAGUGAGAUCUAGGGCUACUUCAACAAAACUUUGCUGCCCUUCCUGCUGCUCUGGUCUGCUUUUCUCCUGAUACCUUUUGAUGCUCUGCACAUGUUAUUUGCAUAGCAAAGGCACUAAGCUGUCCAGGAAGAGAGGGCACCACUUCCACCCCCAAUAAGUCUUUUUUCCCUUUCUUUCUUUACUUUUUUUUUAAGUGGUUGGAGUGGGGGGUGGAGAGAGGAGAUUUGCAAAGGCAGCAUCUCAGGGUGAUAGCCUGCAUGUAUUGAAGGUGUCUUUUUUUUUUUCCUGCCAAAUUAUAAAGUCUGUUUUCUAAAGCCUGGGUUAGCCAGACUAUAGUGUUUUAUUCUGGCUGAAGAAUAACUGCAGAAUAACUGGUGUGGCUUUUUGCAAAAGGGGGGGGCAAAAAUUUUUUUUAAAAAGAGAGAGAGAGGAGAGGGAGUACGUGAGUCGUCCAGUGCAAUCUAUUGUUUGAAACUUACUUUUUAAUCAGAAUUUGAAGAUGAAAACGGUUAAAAAAUGGCCAUAUUUUAGUAACUAAUCAGCCUAAUGGUUUGUUUGUGAACAUUUUACCAACACUAUCUUUUUUUCACUUCGGAUUGAGAAAAUGAAUCCAAAUGCAGAAGAAAGUAUGGGCUAUUGGAAAAAAGUACCUGCUAAACAGUGGAACAUCUAACAACAAUUUUCAACAAGUUUUACAGAAAUAAGACUGUUAUGCUUCGAUUUGGGUGCAGAAUUGACUCUCUAGCACAUAGGUAGCCCUCCAAAACAUCAUCUGGUUUUCUGAAUUAUGGAAAUUUUGUGGAAGACGUUGACAUGGAUUCUGAGCCUGAUCAUGGCUUCAUCAGAGUUUCAUCAUGAACACAGACUUUCAUACAGUUCUCAAGAGGAAUUCCUGACUUAUCUUGAACACUACCAGCUAACUAUUCCAAUAAGGGUUGAUCAGAAUGGAGCUUUUCUCAGCUUUACUGUGAAAAAUGAUAAACACUCAAGGAGAAGACGGAGUAUGGACCCUAUUGAUCCACAGCAGGCAGUAUCUAAGUUAUUUUUUAAGCUUUCAGCCUAUGGCAAACACUUUCACCUAAACUUGACUCUCAAUACAGAUUUUGUGUCCAAACAUUUUACAGUAGAAUAUUGGGGAAAAGAUGGACCCCAGUGGAAACAUGAUUUUUUAGACAACUGUCAUUACACAGGAUAUUUGCAAGAUCAACGUAGUACAACUAAAGUGGCACUCAGCAACUGUGUUGGAUUGCAUGGUAUUAUUGCUACAGAAGAUGAAGAAUAUUUUAUUGAACCUUUAAAGAAUACCACCGAGGAUUCCAAACAUUUUAGUUAUGAAAAUGGCCAUCCUCAUGUUAUUUACAAAAAAUCUACCCUUCAACAACGACAUCUGUAUGAUCACUCCCAUUGUGGGGUUUCAGACCUCACAAGAAGUGGCAAACCUUGGUGGCUGAAUGACACAUCUACUUUUCCUUCUUCCCUACCAAUUAAUGACACACACAUCCGCCACAGACAUAGGAGAUCAGUGAGCAUUGAGCGGUUUGUGGAGACAUUGGUAGUGGCAGACAAAAUGAUGGUGGGCUACCAUGGCCGCAAAGACAUUGAACAUUACAUUUUGAGUGUGAUGAAUAUUGUUGCCAAACUUUACCGUGAUUCCAGUCUAGGAAACGUUGUGAAUAUUAUAGUGGCUCGCUUAAUUGUUCUCACAGAAGAUCAGCCAAACUUGGAGAUAAACCACCAUGCAGACAAGUCCCUUGACAGCUUCUGUAAAUGGCAGAAAUCCAUUCUCUCUCACCAAAAUGAUGGAAACACCAUUCCAGAAAAUGGGAUUGCCCACCACGAUAACGCAGUUCUUAUUACGAGAUAUGAUAUCUGCACUUAUAAAAAUAAGCCCUGUGGAACACUGGGCUUGGCCUCUGUGGCUGGAAUGUGUGAGCCUGAAAGGAGCUGCAGCAUUAAUGAAGACAUUGGCCUGGGUUCAGCUUUUACCAUUGCACAUGAGAUUGGUCACAAUUUUGGCAUGAACCAUGAUGGAAUUGGAAAUUCCUGUGGGACAAAAGGUCAUGAAGCAGCCAAGCUGAUGGCAGCUCACAUUACAGCAAAUACCAAUCCUUUCUCCUGGUCCGCCUGCAGUAGAGACUACAUUACUAGCUUUUUAGAUUCAGGCCGUGGUACUUGCCUUGAUAAUGAGCCUCCCAAGCGUGACUUUCUUUAUCCAGCUGUGGCUCCAGGUCAGGUGUAUGACGCCGAUGAGCAAUGUCGUUUCCAGUAUGGAUCAACCUCCCGCCAAUGCAAAUAUGGGGAAGUGUGUAGAGAGCUCUGGUGCCUAAGCAAAAGCAAUCGCUGUGUUACCAAUAGUAUCCCAGCAGCUGAGGGGACGCUAUGUCAAACUGGGAAUAUUGAGAAGGGGUGGUGUUAUCAGGGAGAUUGUGUUCCUUUUGGCACUUGGCCCCAGAGCAUAGAUGGGGACUGGGGUCCCUGGUCACUAUGGGGAGAGUGCAGCAGGACCUGCGGGGGAGGCGUCUCCUCAUCCCUAAGACACUGUGACAGUCCAGCACCUUCAGGAGGUGGAAAAUAUUGCCUUGGGGAAAGGAAACGGUAUCGCUCCUGUAACACAGAUCCAUGCCCUUUGGGUUCCCGAGAUUUUCGAGAGAAACAAUGUGCAGACUUUGACAAUAUGCCUUUCCGAGGAAAGUAUUAUAACUGGAAACCUUAUACUGGAGGUGGUGUAAAACCUUGUGCCCUAAACUGCUUGGCUGAAGGUUAUAACUUCUACACUGAGCGUGCCCCAGCGGUGAUUGAUGGGACCCAGUGCAGUGCAGACUCCCUGGAUAUCUGUAUCAAUGGAGAAUGCAAGCAUGUAGGUUGUGAUAAUAUUUUGGGAUCUGAUGCUAGGGAAGAUAGAUGUCGAGUCUGUGGAGGGGAUGGAAGCACUUGUGAUGCCAUUGAAGGGUUCUUCAAUGAUUCGUUGCCCAGAGGAGGGUACAUGGAAGUGGUGCACAUCCCAAGAGGCUCCGUUCACAUUGAAGUCAGAGAAGUUGCCCUGUCCAAGAACUAUAUUGCUUUAAAAUCUGAAGGGGAUGAUUAUUACAUUAAUGGUGCCUGGACUAUUGACUGGCCUAGGAAGUUUGAUGUUGCUGGAACAGCCUUUCACUACAAGAGACCCACGGAUGAGCCAGAAUCUCUGGAAGCUCUGGGCCCGACCUCGGAAAAUCUCAUUGUUAUGGUUCUGCUUCAGGAACAAAAUUUGGGAAUUAAAUAUAAAUUCAACGUUCCUAUCACCCGAACUGGCAGUGGAGAUAAUGAGGUUGGCUUUUCAUGGAAUUACCAGCCUUGGUCAGAAUGCUCAGCCACUUGUGCAGGAGGUGUUCAAAGACAAGAAGUGGUGUGUAAAAGAUUGGAUGACAACUCUAUUGUCCAGAACAAUUACUGUGACCCAGACAGCAAGCCACCUGAAAAUCAAAGAACUUGCAACACUGAGGCCUGCCCACCUGAGUGGUUCAUUGGGGACUGGUUGGAGUGCAGCAAGACCUGCGACGGUGGCAUGCGCACCAGGGCUGUGCUCUGCAUCAGGAAGAUCGGCCCUUCGGAGGAGGAGACCCUGGACUCCAGCGGCUGUUUAACACAUCGGCCUAUCGAGAAGGAGCCCUGCAACAACCAGUCCUGUCCCCCGCAGUGGGUGACUUUGGACUGGUCAGAAUGUACUCCAAAAUGUGGUCCCGGAUUCAAGCAUCGGAUUGUUCUGUGCAAGAGCAGUGACCUUUCUAGAACAUUCCCUGCCGUGCAGUGUCCCGAGGAGAGCAAACCUCCCGUGCGCAUCCGCUGCAGUCUCGGCCGCUGUCCUCCUCCUCGCUGGGUGGCUGGGGACUGGGGCCAGUGUUCUGCCCAGUGCGGCCUUGGACAGCAGAUACGUUCCGUGCAGUGCCUCUCCUACACAGGGCAGGCUUCCAGUGACUGCCCGGAAACCCUUCGACCACCAUCGGUGCAGCAAUGCGAAAGCAAAUGUGACAGUGCCCCCAUUUCCAACACUGAAGAGUGCAAAGAUGUGAACAAAGUGGCUUACUGCCCACUGGUGCUCAAGUUCAAGUUCUGCAGUCGUGCAUACUUCAGACAGAUGUGCUGUAAGACCUGCCAAGGACACUGACCCACAGAAAGCAGAGAGCGAGCCUUGUCGUUUCAUCACGGAAGGGCGUCCAUCGAAGAGAGCCGCCCCGAGGAGGAGGCCUGAUGUCCUUGCAGACACAUUACCCUGUGGGAAACGUAACCACUGGUCAGCCCCAGCUGACAGCAUUUCACUAUUAUUUUAACUUCUGUGAAGUGGGAUUUAUUGAUCCAAAGUGCUGGACACGGAAUUAGGAGGGAAUGCCAGAUUGGAGCGAUGCAGACACCAUGAGGAGACUCUUACUGUGGGAUGUUUGUGUUCUUUCGAGUAAAUCCGAUAGCCUGUUUACCUCCUUGGAUCAUUCAGAUCAUUUUUUUUAUUAUUAUUAUGGACUUAGCAAUGACACUGAAGCCCUUUGUAUUUAAAACUCUUGAAAAUGUAAGCUGUUAUGACUUGGUCAACAACGAAAGUAAAGAAGACGCAGAAUUCUUAAGUCGUCGUUUAAAAAUAUUUACUCUUAUCUCGCUACAACAGCACCACAACUUAAAUUAUAAACUGGGCUUUGAACUGUAAUUUAAGGAGCAAUUAUAAAUCAAAAGUAAUGAAAGUCUAUAUUAUUUUCUUCUUCAUUCCACCUAAUUUCCUUGGGGAUAAUCCUUCUAUUUUGAACACUGCUGUGAGCCAUAUAUAAAACUCUAUUAAACGGAGCAACAGUGAGCGACUUCGUGUAAAGCCGUGCGUCCGUUCCCGCAGCUGUGCAAAGUCUAUAAAUUCAGUGCUAAAAGACUGUGGCCAACUUGCCAUUGUGCAAGUGAAGCUGAGAUUUCCAUUAAAACUUU